GGACAAGCCAUCGAGGUGCUUGUUCUCCUCUACAGCUUGGCCCAUGGACUAUCGCUCUCUGGUGGGUUCAGCAUUCGGGAUUCCCAAAUCGACGGUCCACAGGAUCAUCAAACACGUCACCGGGAAGAUAAAGGCCAACCUGAAGACCCUCAUUUCCCUGCCAACCGCAGAUGAGCUGCCAGAGAUUGCAGAUGGCUUCUGUCAGUUUGAGCGUCCUGCAUUUCACCGUGCUGCUGAUGCAGGCCAUCUGUGACUCAACUGGGAGAUUCCUGGAUGUCUUCAUCGGCUAUCCAGGCUCCGUUCAUGAUGCCAGAGUACUGCGAAACAGCCCCAUCUUCUGCCAGGCACUGUUUCCCCCAGCUGGUUGGUUCCUCCUUGGGGACGGUGGUUAUCCCUGCCUGGAAAAACCAGUGGGAUUACUCACACCCUACAAGGUCCCUCGCGGCCAGGUGCAGGCCAGAUUCAACAGGCAUCAUGCCAGGGCUCGGUCUGUGGUGGAAAGAGCAUUUGGAAGGAUGAAGGCUCGCUGGAGGGCCACCCUUUUCAAAGCGCUGGAGGUCAGUCCAAGCUUUGCCCCUGACAUCAUUGCAUGUUGUGCAUUUCUGCACAAUCUGUGCAUAGACAUGAACGAUGUCCUUGAGGAUGCUGAAGCCUUCCCCCCUGAAGAUGGGGACCAGAGUCCUCCCCCUGCCGCAGCAUGUGGACAGGAAAGUCCUGGACACCACCUAAGGAACAGGAUUUCUGCACAACUCUCUGCUCCUGUCCAAAUGGCACCACACCUGAGAGAGCACGAUUACAUCUAAUGAACUUUGUUUUUUUGUGUUUUUUUUUGGCAAAACGUGGUUGUCUGUUAACUUGUGUUUUUGAAAUGAUGUGCACAUAUACCUGAUUUAAUUUUGUUUGUUUUAGUGAGCUCCACUUCUCACUUUAGAGAAAAGAGGUGAAAUAAAAUAAACCUGUGCACCGUUGAUUUCAAA